AACAUAUAUGUAUGUACUCUGGUGGUAAAUUAACCAACGAGAACAGUAAAAAAAAAAACUGAAUUAACUUUGUCAAAUCUGCGCUCGAGACGUUGUUGAACAGCGCCCGGGUUGAAAGGUCGUCGUUGGAAAAACAUGGCGGCUUCCAGCAAGACAGUGGUGGUGCUGAAGACAGUCAAGAAAAUUGUUGUUCAGUUUUGUCCGUUUGAAUCCAAUGUACGUUCCACACGGGAGUUCCUGGUCAUGGUUGGAUCUGAGAAGGCCAGAUCUACCAAUAUGAACUGUGAGGUGAUGACAGAAGUAAAGCACGACCAGUCUGAACCAGUGGUGGACAUCACAUUCGUGGAUGGAGAAAGGCUAAUGAUGAAGGGCGCGAGACUGACCAGCAAGGAGAUGCUGACAGCACUGCAGUCACGAUGUGUAGCCAAGGACCCCCAGGCCAAAAUUACAGCCAAGAAGUAGUCCCUCCCUCCCUCAGUAAUAUGUAUGUGUCUAUGUAUAUUUGUGAAUGUUCAUAAUAAAAUACUUUAUUGAAAUUUA